UGAACAAUCGAUUACCUACUUAAACUGCUGUUUGGGCAAUUUUUUGAAAAAUUGAUUAUCUAGUUAAUCCAAGCACGCAGAUAUAUAUCUGUCAGUGACAGUACUGUGCGUCAAAUUUUGCUUGCAACAAACGUAGCCUUCGUGCUGUGAUGGAAGUAGCAUGUCUAGUGCUAACACUGAACCCUAUAUAUCUAACACAGUUUUUAUGUACAAUUUCGUGAUGUUUUCCUUCUGCUUGAACUCCUCUUCUGUUCCGUUAACAAGCCAAGUUUUACGACAGUGAGAUAAGCUUCUUCGGUUCUUGUUCUUUCUAAUGGGAUCUUCUUCCAAGUUUUCUGGUAUGAAAUAUGAUGUCUUCAUCAGCUUUAGAGGCACAGACACCCGUCAUGGUUUUCUUAGCCAUUUGAGAAAGGAAUUGAGGCAGCAGCAAAUUGAUGCCUAUGUGGAUGAUAGACGGGAAAGUGGGGAUGAAAUAUCACCGGCACUUUUAAGUGCCAUUGAAGAAUUACUUAUUUCAUUGAUCAUAUUUUCGAAGGGCUAUGCUUCUUCAAAGUGGUGCUUAGAAGAACUUGUGCAGAUUAUUGAAUGCAUGGAGAAGCAAAAACAGAUUGUAAUUCCUGUUUUCUAUAAAAUAGAUCCCUCAAAUGUGAGACAUCAGAAAGGGUCUUAUGGAGAUGAUUUUGCUAAUCACGGCAAAUAUUACAAGGAAAAGGUGCCAAUUUGGAUUUCAGUUCUGAAUAAAGCUGCUAAUUUAUCUGGGUUUCACUCAUCAAAUUAUGAGGAUGAGGCUCAGCUCAUAGAAGAAAUCGCCAAAUCUUUGUCAACAAAGUUGAAUAUUAUGUACCGAAGUGACUUUACGGACCUUGUUGGGAUUGAUGAAAGAAUUGCAGAAUUAGAAUCAUUGAUGGUUGAAGGAUCAGAAGAUGUUCGUGUCAUUGGAAUUUGGGGUAUGGGCGGUAUCGGUAAGACAACAAUCGCAACCGCAAUAUUCGAUCGAUUUUGUUUUCAAUAUGAAGGGAAUUGUUUUUUGGCAAAUGUGAGAGAAGAAACUGAAAAUCAUGGAGUUAUUUAUUUGAAGAAUAAAAUUUUUUCUAUACUGCUGAAGGAAAAUGAUUUACAAAUUGGCACCCCAUAUGGAAUACCCACUUAUGUUAGGAGAAGGCUUCUUCGAAAAAGGGUUCUUGUAGUACUAGAUGAUAUUAGUGAUUCAGAUCAACUUGAAAAUAUAGUGGGAGCACUUGAUUGCUUUGGAUCUGGAAGUAGAAUCAUUAUAACAACUAGAGAUAGACAGGUGCUGGGUAAAAGAGUUGAUAAAAUAUAUGAAGUUAAGCCAAUGAUGUUUGAUGAUGCUGUUCGGCUUUUUAUGUUGCAUGCCUUCCAGAAUAAUCAGGUAGACUUGGAGUGGAAAGAGCUGUCAGGGAAAGUGAUUAGUUAUGCUAAAGGCAUUCCGUUAGCUUUAAAAGUCUUGGGUUCCUUUCUUUAUGGCAGAAGUAAGGAAGAAUGGAAAAGCCAACUUGAGAAGCUCAACAAAAUGCCACAUGCAAAAAUUCAAGAUGUGAUAAGAUUGAGUUAUGAUAGACUAGAUUGGGAAGAGAAGAACAUUUUCUUAUAUAUUGCAUGUUUCCUCAAAGGAUAUCAAUCACAGCAAAUAAUAGUUCUAUUGAAUGCCUGUGGUUUCUCAACAAUUAUUGGGUUAAAGGUCCUUCAAGACAAAGCUCUUAUAACUGAAGCCAAAGGAGCAUGCUCAGAAAAAUCAAGGAUAUUUAUGCAUGAUUUAAUACAAGAAAUGGGUUGGGAGAUUGUUCGUCAAGAAUCUAUUGAUGAUCCUGGAAAACGCAGUCGUUUGUGGGAUGUUAAUGAUAUAUAUCAAGUGCUAAGAUAUGACAUGGUAAUUAAGCAUUGUAUUUAUUUUUGUAGAAAAUAUAUUCCAUCGUUCACCCUUGUAUGCUACUUUUGCUUUCAGGGAACUAAAGCCACUCAAAGCAUAACUCUGAACACGGCAAAUAUUGAAGAACUACACUUGAGUCCACAAACCUUAUCGGCUAUGCACAAUCUAAAAUUUCUCAAUUUUUAUAAACGUGGUUUUGGAAAGGGGAAGUUACAUCUUCCUUGUGGUCUAGAAUUUUUGUCCAAUAAGCUCAGACUUUUACGUUGGGAUGAAUGUCCUUUGAUGUCCUUGCCAGUAACAUUUUCAGCUGAAAAUCUUGUUACCUUGAAAAUGAACAGUAGCAUAUUGAGAAAACUUUGGGAUGGUGUCCAGAACUUGGUAAAUUUAAGGGAGAUUCUCCUUGAUGAAUCCAAGUACUUGAUUGAGCUUCCAGAUUUUUCAAGAGCUAUGCUUCUUAAAAAAGUAAAUCUCAGCCAUUGUACAAGCUUGCGUAGUGUUCAUCCAUCCAUUUUAUCUCUUCCUAAUUUGGGUCAAUUAAGGCUAACAAAUUGCAAAGCCCUUACCAGCCUUACAUGCAGUACCCCUCUAAAAUCACUUACAUGGCUCUCACUCGAUGGAUGUUCAAGACUCAGUGAGUUUUCAGUAACCUCAGAAAAAAGGUUACAGUUGUUUCUUUCAAACACAGCCAUCAACGAUGAAUUAUGCUUAUCAAGUGGAUGCCUCGGCAAUAUUGAACAAUUGAGGCUAGAUGGCUGCCAAAGUCUCAUAAAUCUUCCUUAUAAUAAUGCUGAAUUGAGUGAUCUUCGAUCUCUUAAUAUUUCUGGCUGCAAUAAUUUAGCAUCAAAUCUGCAUUUACUAUUAGAUGGGUUUUGUUCUGUGGAAGAGUUGUUGCUGAAUGAUUGCAGCAACUUAUAUGAACUGCCCAACAACAUUAGCAUCUUGUCAUCAUUACAGGAGCUGUCACUUUCAGGUUCGACUAACUUGCAGACAGUGCCCGCAAGCAUCAAGCAUCUUUCAAGGUUGCAAUGUCUUAGGUUGGAUGAAUGUGAAAGGCUUCGGUCUCUACCAGAACUUCCACCCUCCGUUGUCAACUUGUCUGCUAGGAACUGUAGAUCCCUUGAGACCCUGAAGCUAACCAUUUCGGCUUCAGUCACAUUAGAAGAUGAAGUAUGCUUUCACUUUGGAAAUUGCAUGAAAUUGGAUCAGCAAUCAGUAAACGCUAUUGAAGCAAAAGCUUUGCUUGAGAUGGAUAAAUUAGUAUCAGCUGUUGAAGAAAGGGUUACAUGGACGAUGCAGGCUCAACUUGUAUAUCCAGGAAGCAAAGUUCCAGAGUGGUUCAUGUACAGAUCAACACAGUCUUCCAUAAUUGUGGAUCUCUCCUCCAUCCCACAACCUAAGGAUUGGAGUUUCAUUUUCUGCGCCAUUGUUUCUCACUCUGAAUCCUUUUUGUACUUCGAAACAGAAUGGUAUUUUAGUGAUGGCCAGCAGGUUUUGGAUGAGAAGAUGUAUUACUUUUGUAAACAUAUCGGCACCAUUCAUUCAGAUCAUGUUUGUCUCUGGUAUAUCUCAGAGCUUCCUUCACAGGUGCAAAGGAUAAUUGAAGAAAAGGGUACAGAUAAUCAGAGCAGCAUUAAUCAUCAAUCAGUUGAAGUAAAAUUCCUUGUGAAAACUCCUAGUCCGGUUCCACUUUUGGGUCUCAAGGGGUGUGGCUUAUGCCCAACAGGUGCAUCAGGAUAUCGAAGUUAUAUUCAACAAAUGGAAUUGGUGUUACAGUCACAACAUAAUUCAGUGGGAAUCGGAGUUGGUUGCUCCUGUGACAAGACCAAUGAGAAAGAAGUGGUUCCUAGGAAGUCUAAGGAUUUUAUCUUACCAGCUCCACCAACUGUGACAUGGAAGAGGAAAACACAGGGCCUGAAAGAUAUUAUCUUCUUAUGAUACUUCAUUCACAUUUCCUUUUUCUUGGUUGAUUCAAGCAAAAAUUCAGGGAACUAAAACCAUUGAAGGCAUAACUCUGAAUGUUUCAGAAAUUGAAGAGAGGCACUUAGGUCCUCAAGCCUUUUGCUCAAUGCCCAAUUUAAUGUUUCUUGAUUUUUAUACAUGUUAUAUUUCUACUAGACGAGGGAACAAGUUACAUUUUCCUUGUGGACUAGAGUCUUUGCCAACUAAGCUAAAACUAGUACGUCGGGAGGAAUGUCCUUUGAAGUCCUUGCCAGCAGCAUUCAAGGCUGAAAAUCUAGUUACCUUUGAAAUGCCAGACAGAAAAUUGACAAAACUUUGGGAUGGGAUCCAGUAAGUUUAUAUAAAUUAUUAACGCACUUUUUGGAAAAUAUUACUGUAAUUUAUUUCUCUUUGCUGUUGCAGAAUCUUGAAAACUUGCGUAAGAUUAACCUCAAUGGAUCAAUGAACUUGAUUGAACUCCCAAAUUUUUCAAAGACUAUACAUCUUACUGAAGUAGAUGUCAGUUUCUGUUAUAGCUUGCUGAGUGUUCAUCCGUCUAUUUUAUCUCUCCAUAGCCUUCAUUAUUUCUGGCUAGGAUACUGCCAAAAUCUUGCAACCCUUACUAGUGAUACUCAUCUAGAAUGACUUAGUGUUCUCAACCUCUAGGAAUGCUCAAGUCUAGUAAAAUUCUCAGUGACCUCAGAAGAUUGUCUGCUUCAUUUAGAUCUUUCAGGAACAGCCAUUGGGGGUGACCUAUUCUCAUCAAGUGGCCAUCUCAGCAAAAUUCAGACUCUGUCUAAACCACUGUCGAAGUAUGACAAAUCUUCCAUACAAGUUGUUCGACCUGAGUAACCUUCGACAUCUUAGAAUUCUUGGUUUUAAUGAGUUAGUAUGGAAUGUAGCUUUCAUAUUUGAUCGGUCAUGUGCUUCGAUGUGGUUAAAUGCUUGUACUGAAUUUUUUGAAUUGCCUCAUAACAUCCGCAUGUUGUCGUCAAUUACGUGAAUCAUCACUCUCAGGGACUAACGUAAGGACCUUUCCUAGCUCGUUUGAGAACUAGAUUUGCCUCAAUUGUUUGUCUCUUGCCUUCAACUUUACUCAAGUUAGCUUUUGUUAUUUCAAGAGUUUGUUGAGCUUCUACCCUUCUCCACAUCAUUUACUAAAACAAUGAUCUCAUUAUUGCCUGUUCCAGCAAAACUGCCUAUUAGAGCCAUCGUUACCCAUUGACCGUUAAGGCAUAUUCUCAAAAUACCAAUAUCUAUAGUGGUGGCAAUAGGCACGUGAUUUGGUAAUAAUCCAAUUUGUUCACUAUUAGUAGAUAAAAUAAUUUCCUUCACUUCUGAAUCCCAAACAAUUCGAUUUGGGGUCAGUACAAAAAAAUUUAAGGUCAUUUCUUCAAUUUGCUCUCUAUAUUUAAGUUUCUAGCCUUCGUAGUAGCUUCAUUGAUGUUAUCUACCAAAUAAAAGGUCUGUUCGAGAAGAUCAUCUAAUUCUCUAGAAAGAAUCAAUUUAAACCCUCUAUUUUUUUUUUUUUUUUGCUAGACCAACAUAUUUUCCCGAUGAGCCGGUAAAUAUUUCUACUAUGAAAAAAGGCUUUGAUAGGAAAUGCUCAAUUUUUCGUGCUAAUAUUUGGAUUUAGAAUUCUUUUUUUAUAAUAAUUAUAAAAGAAAAGGUAUAUGCGUGAGACAUAAUCAAUCUAUUAAUUAAUCUAUUUCAUUUAAAUUCUAUAAAUAUAUCAUAUAUAUCAUAGUCUCAUCUUUUAAUACUUCGAGUGCUAAUAAAACUAAAAUUUAAUUGUCUCAAUCCCUGAGCAAUCGCACCAAAAAUUCAAGUUCCUUUUAGAUUUCCUUCUUGAUCAAUGACACUGCAGCAUUAUCAUUAUAUUGUAUUAUCAUACUGUUAUUAUAUUUGGGUUCUGUACAAGUACCUACAAUUACAACUUUUAAGCCUACAUUUUGUCAACUUGGAUGAAUGUGAAAGGCUUCGAUUUCUACCAGAACUUCCUCACUCUGUCCUAUCAUUGUCUGCCCAAAGCUGCCCAUCCCUUAGAACCCUUCAUUAACUUCAACUGUUG